GAAAGUAAACAUUAGGCAGGAUGAGCAAAGCCAGAACCCGCCUGGACUACCUGAUGGUUCCACAGACUAGAAUACAGCAGAAGCAAUGGGAUGUCACCUCCAAGCUCUGAUGUUCUGGUGUUGUUUGGCCUCAUGGUGCCUCAGGCACACGGACUUGUGUCUGGUAACGACUGCACAGGAGUGAUGAGGUGCCAUCUAGGAAGGAUGCAUUCACCUUGCCACAUGGGUGGCCCACUCCCUCUGUUGUCCUGGACCCUGCGGUAUGAAGGUCCUUCCUCUUCUUAGAGCCUCGCCUCCCCUGUCCUUGCCCCAUGCCGCCUGCAGCCCAUCCGCCCGUAGUCCAUCUCCCUUUCUCUGAGGGCCUGUCUUCUGAACCAGCUAUCAGAUGGCAGAAGCUGAGGAACAAAAGCGAGCAGUUGCAGCGUCAGGAUCCAGGCAGGCUUGGAAGCGCGGCAGGACAUCACAGGGAGGCAUUGGGACGCGCGGGGCUGUUAUAAGAGCCCGGCGCGGCCGUGGUCUCCCAGAGGACGUGGCGCUUCUGCUGCAACUCCUGCCGCUCGUCGCCGCGUCCUCCGCCGCCGCCUUCCCCGAGCCAGCCCACGGCGCGACCCGCGCCCACUCGUCCUGCCCCGGGCCCCUCGCCCACACCGUGCACUUCACGUUGGUGCUCGCGUGCACCGUCGCGCCUCUCUGCGGGCCGGCGAGUUCACGCACCCGCACCGGGCGCCUCCUGCACCCUCGCCCCUCGGCGGGGCUGGCCCGGCCCCUCGCCCUCGCGGUCCCGUCCAGCAGCGAGGGAUCGGGCGCCGGGAACCGCAGCACAGCGGACCCCCACCCCGCCGGAGAUUGCCCCUCCCAGACCUCCAGCGUCGCAAACCGGCUCCGCACACGCCGGCGGAGCGCCCCCGACAGACGCCGGGCCGGGCCUCCAGCUCCGCGCUGGUCAGAGGGUGGCCGCCAACCCCCUACUGGGACACCGGUCGGCCUUGGACCACCGCUGGACCCCAGAUCCAGGGCCUGCACCUUGGACUUCCUGCUCCACAAAGGCCAGCCGCUGACUCACAGGGAGAGUUCCUGGGACCCCUGCCCACCUCCAUGCAACCUCUCAGUGGGCUCCCUGCAGAGCAGUCACAGGCCCGUGUGCCCUGACCCACCCAGGAACCUUAAACCAAGGUCUCCUUGGACCCCAAGCCGGGCAGAGGCCAACCACUGAUGCACGCUGACAGUCCCGUGGCCCUACCUGAGCCUGGGGACCUUACAUCUAAUCUUAACUGCGCUUAAAUCUACUCCCAUAAGAGGACAAAACACCAUCCCACAGUCAGCCCCAAGUCAUCCACGCAGUAGCAGGUCCCCACCUUGGAUGCCCCACUGAGCAGGGGACUCCCACCCACCAGCACCAAGAGCCCCUUGGGUGCCCCUGGACUUAGGGAACCAGAUCCCAAGGUCUCUGCUUUGGUCUCCCCCCAGGAGAAAAGGCAACCUUCACAUCCAACUGAGCGUGCCCUGGACCUCCGCCCACCACCACCCAAGCUG